AUGUUGAUGGUCUUGCUGGGCUGGACCUUGGCCGCCAUGGUCUACGCUACGGCGUUACGACUCGGGUCUUCUGGCUGCCGUGAGUGCUCUGCAGCCACACUGGGAUUACGAUUGGGCAAAGUCCUGGGGCUGCCCGAGGAGUGUGGCCUACAGUAGGACUUCGGAUGCUCGAGGCAGCGUCUCCUCGGGGCUGCCGUGGAGAACUUGUGCCCAGGGGCAGUUCAGGUACCUCUUAAGCUGCUGUGGCAGUGAUCUGACCCGCGCUGGACGAUCGAGCGCCGCAAUACCCGCACGUUCAAAAGUCUUCGCUUCUACUGCUCAACGACGCCUCGUCAAGCCUCCCAGCGCGACCCGACGACCCAUCUCCGCGUUUGCGGAUGGCCUUACGCAUUUUUGCGAGGCUGGGCCACAGCUUAGAGAUCCGCUGCGCAGGCCCGUGGCAGGCAGACAAGAGCUUUCGCAGCACCACGGCAUAGCUGGGACCUCACAGCUUUGCCUGCUCGCGCUCGGCGCUGCGCGGCGCUCGCCGGCAAGCAGAUUUGCCUCGCUCUCCGAGACACGUGUAAACCAGCAUUCGCGGGCGCGCGCGGGCGAGGGCGCCGUCGCGCUGAGCCGCGCGCGACGCACGAUGACGGGCGACGGCGACCUCGCGACGCUCCUCGUCACCUUUGGGGUGGUCUUCGUUGGCGUGCUCUCGGUCGCCUACUUGUUUGGCACGAAACCCGCGAAGGCGCCCGUCAAGAAGGCUAAAAGGAGAGAGAAGAAGCAAUCUCCACCACCGAAACCGAAGAAGAACGGCCACGUCGCUGAACCGUCAGGGUCGGCCGGCGCCGGUGCACCUAGACAGCCGCAAAAGCAGACCUCCCAACCGAAGCGCAAGCGCAACAAGAAGAAGAAGAGCCAGAGCCCGCCGCCGCCCCAGGAGCCCGUAGCUCCGGAGCCCGUAGCCCCAGAGCCCGUGGUAGAAGAUAACACAGACGACGGGUGGACGGUGGUCGCGGAGGAGAAGCCUCGCCGGAAGAAGGAGAAGAAACCGACGGUGGUGCAGCAGCCCGACGUCGAUGUGGUGGAAUGUGGUGGUGGCGCUGCCGCUGUGGUGGGUCGCGGUGGCGAGACGAUUAAGCGUAUAGAAACUUCGACGGGUGCGAAACUGAAUCUCGACAAGAAGAACCAGACCUGUGAGAUCACGGGCGAUGCUGACAGUAGGAAGAAGGCCAAGGCUCUCGUGUUAGAAGCGCUAGAAAAAAGUGGUCAUGGGCCGAACGCGCCCCGGACGACGUCUUGUCAAGUGGACGGCGGUUCUAACGUAAAUAAGGUCAUCGGUUCGGGCGGUUCGACCAUCAAGUACAUCCAGGAGACGUCCGGUGCGAAGGUAGACACUGGGAGAGAAUCCUCCAUGAUUACUAUAAGUGGUACACAGCAACAGAUCAGCGAAGCACGAACACUGGUAGAACGAGCCCUGAAGGGCGAGGACGUCGCGGCAGCGACGUCGCACACCAUAGAUUUGGGAGCGCGAGGCGCCCGGAUACUUGUGGGGAAGCAAGGCGCGGCCAUAAAAGUACUCAGAGAAAAUCACCCGGUCCGAUUUGAUGUAAGAAGGGGCGACGGCCGCGGCACGUCGCGGGACACGUGUAUUAUUUCGGGAGACGCGGACGAGGUCACGGAAGCAGUAGUCGCGCUGAAUGCGUUGCUUAGUGAUCACUCCUCGUCAGAAACUUUAACGUUGGCCUGUCGAGUCGGCGCCAUCCUAGGGAAAGGUGGUUCCACAAUAACGAAGAUCCAGGACGCGUCCGGCGCCGAUCUGGAUGUCCAAGCUCAGGGUGCUGAUGAGUGUGUCGUGAAAGUGACAGGUACAAAUGCGCAAGUCGCCGCCGCCAAACGACUAGUGUUGAAAGCCUGCGAGGCGUCGAAGGCGCCGCCUCCUGUGCCGCCUGGCGAGGUUCGGGAGACGCUGCCGGUGCCCGAUAGUUGUAGAGGCGCGGUGGUCGGUCGGGGCGGCGCGACGAUCUCCGCCAUCCAGAGCGAGACCGGUGCUCGCUUAGAUUUGGUCGACGGUGCUGAUGGUACCGGAUCGUGCGUGAUCACGGGUAAAAAAGACGCGGUCGCCGACGCGUUGGAACGGGUGAAGACCGCGGUCGAAAAGCACGAAGCCAUCGCCGCGCGGGACGCGGCGCGCCGCGCGCCGGCGCCCGCGGAGGGCGAGGGCGGCGCGGGCUUUGACGCGGUGGCAGCGUCCGCCGACGACGCGUGGGCGACGCCCGAGGGCGAGGACGCGUGGGGCGCCUAGGAGCCUGCUCCUGCCGUGACUGGUGCCUUGCUUCUGCCGUAACUGGCGGGGGCGGGCUGCCGCGCCUAGGAGCCUGCUCCUGCCGUGACUGGUGCCUUGCUUCUGCCGUAACUGGCGGGGGCGGGCUGCCGCGCGGUGGAUGCCUGGCUUCUGCCGUGACUGGCGGAGGCAGUUGGGUAA